AUGGUGGUGACACUGCCUAAUCCCUGCCAGGUGGUGUGGGUGUGGCAGUACCUCCUCCCAGGAGGUCAAGAGGAAAUCAGAGAGAAGAUAUUGCAGCUGGAGAAGGCGAAGAUCAUCUGGCCCACGCACAGCCCCUACAUUGUCCAUUCUGAGCUGCUGCUGCUGCUGGCUUCCAUCCUGCUCUCAUAUCCAGCCUACAUUAUCUUUCAUAUGUUCAUCUUCUCCAGUAACCUGGGCAGCUGUAUUCUCACAGACUCUGUCUUCACUACCUACACCAGUGCCACCUUGUCCUUCAUGGCCACUGUGCUGCACAGCUACCUAACAGUCGCUCGUCCUCUGCACUUCCUCUCCUUCAUAUCCUGUGAAGCUAUCCAUAAUGUGGUGGCCUCCUUAUUCCCCAUAUUUCUCAUUUGGCUUUGCAGAUGCCAGGUUGGAGAGCUAGGAUUCUCAUGCAUCAAAUAGUUGAGACUGGGCAUCAAGUUGAGCCACGGCUCCCUAGUCACUGUCACACACAUCUUGUGCAUUUUCUUUCUAUGCACAGCUAUCACCUACUGUUUCUGCAUGAUCUAUGCAGGGGUCAGGAUUUCAGGUUUCUGUUCAGGCUAUUCCCAGGAAAGCAGCACUCUCCUUAUCCCAGUGCUAAUCACACUGUAUGUGAGCUCAGUGGUGGCAUUUUCCCUGGAUAUUGUGCUGACCAAGGAGCACCACAUUGAUGCCAGGACUGACAUAUGGCUCACAGCAGCCAGCAGUGAGGUGCUCUGCUUCUGAUGGCUGCUGGGGAUAGUCUGGGGCCACUUCUCAUCCAGGAGGCACAGUGACAUUUUCACCAUUUUUCAGAUCUAG